UGGGUAUACAGGGGUAUACAGGGUAUACAGGGUAUACAGGGUAUACAAGGUAUACAAGGUAUACAAGGUAUACAGGGUAUACAGGGUAUACAUGGGUAUACAGGGUAUACAUGAGUAUACAGGGUAUACAGGGUAUACAUGAGUAUACAGGGGUAUACGGGGUAUACAGGGUAUACAGGGUAUACAAGGUAUACAUGGGUAUACAGGAUAUACAUGAGUAUACAAGGUAUACAUGGGGCACAGGGGUAUACAUGGGUAUACAGGGUAUACAGGGUAUACAAGGUAUACAUGGGUAUACAGGGUAUACUGGGAGUACAUGGGUAUACAGGGGUAUACAGGGUAUACAGGGUAUACAUGGUAUACAGGGUAUACAAGGUACACAAGGUAUACAGGGUAUACAUGGGUAUACAGGGUAUACAGGGGAUACAUGGGUAUACAGGGUAUACAGGGGUAUACAAGGGUAUACAAGGUAUACAUGGGUAUACAGGGUAUACAGGGUAUACAGGGUAUACAGGGUAUACAGGGAUACAUGGGUAUACAGGGUAUACAGGGGUAUACUGGGAGUACAUGGGUAUACAGGGUAUACAGGGUAUACAGGGGUAUACUGGGAGUACAUGGGUAUACAUGGGUAUACAGGGUAUACAGGGUAUACUGGGAGUACAUGGGUAUACAUGGGUAUACAGGGUAUACAGGGUAUACUGGGAGUAUACAAGGGUAUACAUGGGUAUACAGGGUAUACAGGGUAUACAGGGUAUACAGGGAGUACAUGGGAUAUACAUGGGUAUACAGGGUAUACAGGGUAUACAAGGUAUACAUGGGUAUACAGGGUAUACAGGGUAUACAGGGUAUACUGGGAGUACAUGGGUAUACAUGGGUAUACAGGGUAUACAGGGUAUGGGGGCAUACAUGGGUAUACAUGGGUAUACAGGGUAUACAGGGUAUACAGGGUAUACAUGGGUAUACAGGGUAUACAUGGGUAUAUAGGUAUACAGGGUAUACAGGGUAUACAUGGGUAUACAAGGUAUACAGGGUAUACAUGGGUAUACAGGGUAUACAUGGGUAUACAGGGUAUACAGGGUAUACAGGGAGCAUGGGUAUACAUGGGUAUACAGGGUAUACAGGGUAUACAGGGUAUACUGGGAUACAUGGGUA